ACCAAUGAGAAAGAGAGCGAGUUCUGGAACUGUACCGUCUCUCUCUCUCUUUCUGAGACAGCAUGGCUCAUGCACCCUGACCAACUCAGCUGCCUGGAAGGUUACUGUUGUGGACUAUAUCUUACCAUUGAAUCUUGAAUACGCUGAAACCUUUGUGCGUUUCGUCCAGAAAGAUAGCUUUGUUUCCUGAUCCUAACCAGAAGACAGCGCUUCAGGACAGCGUCUACAUAAAUUCAGUUUAUAAACGUCAAGGUCUGACCAUACAAACAGAGCGCAGGUCUUCAUUCACAUGUUGGAGAAUGAGGUGCCAGUGGACAUACGCUGUUGUUUUCACUCACUCAAACUAACUACACUGACCAACCGCGCUGAAGAUCUUAAGUCUUUUGGAAUGAGAAGUGAAUAUUCAAAGGACCUGAAAUUUGUCCAAUUGUUUUAAGUCGAUAAAUCGCAAGAAAGGAUGUGCUUGAGAUGAACGCCUUAUCAGACUGGACUACUGACAGACAGCGAGCGCAUUAACCGGCUUCUUAAUAUCUUAGUAUUCUUCUAAUAAUUUACAUGUUACUGUGACUCUUUAAAGGACUCUGUCAUUCCUUGCACUGCGGUCGUAUAGAUCUGUUUUCAUCUUUUUUACAAUAAAAGAAACAUAAUUUAAAGAGAACAAAUUCCACGCGUGGGAUAUUCAAGGAAAAGCUGACGGGUCGCGCAGUUCUUUAUCACCGGAACGCUGUGUCGAAGGGAGCUGUGACUGAAACUUUCAGAAAUGCCGCAGGUGGAGAUGUUUUAUUUUGUGUUGAUCAGCCUGUGGAUGUCUGUGUUGGGCCUGGAACCGGCGUCUAAGGUUGUGGCGGAUCGCUACGCUGUCUUCUGGAACCGAACAAACCCAAGGUUCUACCGAGGAGACUACCACAUUGAUGUAUGCAUUAACGAUUAUUUGGACGUAUACUGUCCCCACUACAUGGACACGGUCCCUGAGGAGAGAGCGGAGCGCUACGUCCUCUACAUGGUCAACUAUGACGGCUACAGCUCUUGCGACCACACGGCGAAAGGUUUCAAACGCUGGGAGUGCAACCGGCCUAACUCGCCCAACGGGCCGCUGAAGUUCUCCGAGAAGUUUCAGCUUUUCACACCGUUCUCACUGGGAUUCGAAUUUCGGCCAGGCAGAGAAUAUUACUAUAUCUCCUCUACAGUCAGUGAAAAUGGGAGACGGAGCUGCUUGAGGCUGAAAGUUUUCGUCAGACCUUCAAACAACUGCGAGAAAGGUCAUGAUCGCGUUGUCAAAGUCGAUGAUGGAAGCAUCAACUCUAUAGAAAAUAAUAAUGACGGAACGAAUCACGAAUCUGCCGAACCAUCCCGAGGUGAUGUCAACGGCGCCGGAAGCAUUCAAACUUUAGGGCCCUUGUUGGUCUCAGCGCUGGUUCUUUUGGCUUCCCUCUCCUCCUUAUAGCAUCCCACAUCCCUGAAAUACACAGGAGGACUCGUGAUCGAGCACUUUUAAGAAACAUUGAGAUCUUUCUCUCCGCUAAAAAGUAGUUUCUCGCACAGGAAAAUGCUCCUUUGGCGAUACAACUGGAAGGUUUUCAAUGAACAAAAGCCCCACCCAUGAAGAAAAAAAAAAAGAAAAACACAAAAAAACCCACUAAACUGUGACACGCACACAAAAAUAGGUCUGUGUCCUUUCGGUGCCCCUAUGUGACGUUGGAGAGGGACUUGUAAUUGGGGGCAGAGCAAGAAAAUUACUCUUUUUCAAAUGACAAAGACCGCUUUCAGUGUUGCCGUCCAGAAAAGAGAAGUCUUAUAACAGAGCAAGAGGACUGUCUGAGGGAUCUCUCCACGUGCAUUGUGGGAAAACGUCGUCACUAUAUGGACUCAACUGCUGACUCUACUAGAUAUCAAGGCAAAUUGCCUGAUAGCAUCCCUUGUAUAGAGGGAGAGCAGGGAGCUUUUUAAUAUCUCAACCGGAGUAGUCCACAUGGACUCAGGUGCUCAGGUGAACGGUGACCAUUUUGAAGCGUUUUCGUAGAUAAAGGAAAAAGAUAAGCACUCGUUUUGUACAUUGUGUACAGGUGUACAUGGGACUGAAAUGCAGAUGUGGUGUUCUUGAAGUAAAAUUCUCAAGUGUAGCUGCCAAAAUCAAUGUUUUGUUAGGAGUACAGAGCCUCACCGAUCAAUCGUUUGAGUGAAUAUACUAAUUUGUUUGGUGAAUCAUGCUUUUCUUAUUUAUUGUUCAGUCUUAGUGACACUUUGUUGUACUAGUCAUCAGCCAGGAUUCAGGAGAAAGGAACACAAAUGCCUAGCUGCAGUCAACUUACCUUUGAUUUAGACGAAUAACAACCGUAUAACUUAUGAUAUGGGUUAAUGGGUUAAUAUUUUAGCAAGUCAAUCAUUGAAAUGAUAUCAGGGGGAAAAAACAGUAGUACGUUUCCAUAUCAUGUCUGUCAGGGGUCACGUCGCUCAUUGAAGGUGUCCAUUAUCAUGGAUAGAAGGGAGGAAAUUGUUUUGCACUCAUUUUGUAAAUGUCUUUUUACCCAAGAGUAAUCAGUAUGAACAGCAUUAACAUUUUAAUUCGGUCAACAAAAUGAGCUCAUACCUUGCCAAUUGAAUUGUUAAUUAUGUAAAAACUAUUUUUUUCUAAGCGUGAAGUGAAAGUAAUGAAAUUUUUUCCUUGAAACGAAUUCUCACAUGAAUUUUCUUUUGUCAAAGUGCAUUUCAACCGUGCUGUUUGUAUUUAUUUACUUUUUUAACACGGAGCCAUGCACAUUAAACGCUCAUCUGGGAUCUACUGAAACAGUAGCGGAGCGCUGCUUCCACCCCGGUGGCAGCUGACACCCUAACGUGAUUUAAUAGGCUCUUUGAUGUUGUCCAAAGUGCCUGGCACGCAGACCACAUACUGCGAGGCCUCAUGUGGGUUAUUUCUGGAAUUAAAAAAUCGACAGCAGCACGGGAGGAGCGCGGUGUCCAGUUUAGCCGCAGGCUAGCGUUACUCUGGUGAACUUGGCCAGAGAUGGAGAAAGAUGAGAUCUCCUGCUGGGAUCAAUAGUAAUGGCCUUUACAGACACAAAACAGGGUAAAUAUUUGCCCCGGUCCUGGUUUUCCUUGAAUGGUUUUCAUGUUUUUCAUUCACAUCUACUUAUUGAUAGCUUGGUAAGCAACAUAAAGGUAGCUUUUGACUUUAUGUGGUUAAGUUUGGCUAGCUACUAUGGUUCUUUUAAAAUGAUAACACAGGAGCACAUGGAUGCUAUGUAUCCGUAUGUUGUUUAGCAAAUCAUAUUAUAUAGUUAUUUGGAACCACUGGUACAAAAGAAAUAAGAGAUAAAUUAGGAGCUAAGAAAUAAACCAGUUUGAAAGUCAUAAUAUCAAAUACAUUUGUUAAUGUUUUCUGGAAGUAAAUGCAUUUGCAAACAGAAUACUUUUUAAAUGUACCUUUUUUUAUUUUGAGUAAUAUUUAAUGGUUCAGUAAAGACAAUUAGGAAUUUGUGCUGGUCAAUUCUUAAAAACACUGCUGAAUUGUCAUUGCUAAAUGCUUAAAAACCCAUGUACAUUUUUUUUUAAAUCUCCUGUGGAACAUUUUAAAGUCUGCAAUGUUCUGUUGUUGCACCAUGAAAAGAAAUGCUGUCGUCCAUUUAUUGUCAUGGGAACAAACCUAGAAGGCCAUUUUUAGUAGGUUUAAUUCAGGAAACAUUAUUUUUUUGUAAAAUGACUGCAGGAUCUGUUUUUGUCCAUAUGCAAAACUUGAGGUUUUAAGAAACGAGGUCUUGUUGAACCUGGGUUUUUCACCACAAGGCAGUUGUGUUCCUGUAGUCUCUCAUCGUCUUUGUCUCAGAGAAUAUUUCUUCAGUGUUAGACAUAAUUUUUUAAUUCUUUCCAAAUCUGCUUCUUCAUACAGCUGUGAAGACCAUGAUAUCUAAACCACCAUUUCCCUUAGCUUCUUGGCUGUGUUGCCUAAAUAUUAGACAUUUGCUGUGACGUUUCUGACGGUACAGCGCUGACUUGCAUUAUGAUAUGACACGUUUUUAUAUCUUCAAAUGCCAUUGUUUGUAAAUACACUUGCUGGAGCAGCUCAAAUAAAUGAUUAAAUAAAUUUGUCAUUGUUGUAAGAAA